AUGUGUGUUCGAAUGCAUUUUAAUAUUGACUUAAAUGUUUUGAAAAGUAAAUAUAAAUGUAACAAAAUAGUUAAUGAUGACAAAGUAAAAAAAGGAAUGAUCAACAAGAAAAAUUAUGUACCCAUCAUUUUUGAAAGUGCUGAAAAUUCCACAUCAAAAGAAAAAAUUAUUAAUGUCUGCCUAUGGGGAAUUUCUCCUUUCACUUAUGGAAAAACAGAAAAAGACUUUGCUUUGAUUAAUGCUAGAUUGGAGACCCUACACAUAAAAAAAUCAUUCAGUGUAUUAAUAAAUAAAAAUAGAUGUGCUGUCAUUGUCAAUGGUUACUUUGAAUGGAUGGGUAACGAAGGAUCCUCCAAAAAAAUUCCAUAUUAUAUAUACAAUGGUAACACAAAUAAUAAAAAUGAAUUAACAAUUAAAAAAGAAGAAUUGAAUAAUGUACAAUCUGAUAAUUACAAAUCAGAGAAUGAAGACAGUGAUAGUAAAAUAAAAAAGGAGGAGGAUAACAAACAGGGAAAUGUACAAGUAAAAGAAGAAGUAAAGGAUGAAAUAAAAGAAGAAACAAAAGAUGAAACAAAAGAUGAAAUAAAAGAUGAAGUAAAAGAUGAAAUAAAAGAAGAAGUAAAUGAAGAACAAGAUGAAGAUCAAUUAGUUGAUGAAAAUUCUCAUAAGCGAAAAAAAGUUAUAAAUGACGAAACUUCUAAUAAAAAAAUAAAAAAAGAACUUUCUGAUGAAGUAGAUAAUUUAAAUAAUAUAGAAAACAACGAAAAUGAAAAGAAACAAGAAAACUCCUCAUAUAUAAUUCUUGCUGGGUUAUAUACUGUAUCUAAUGAUAAAAAGAAAGAAUGUCGAAAUACUAUAAUCACAACUUCGAGUGAAAAUACGAACUUACAAGAUAUCCACGAGAGAUGCCCUCUUCUUCUUAGUGAAAAUACCUUAUCCCUUUGGCUAGAUGUAGAAAAAAAAUACACAGAUAUAAUAGAUAAAGUUAAAGAGGAACACAUAAUCAUGAGCUCCCAAUUAAAAUUUAGGGAAGUUCAAAACUGGAAUGAUUUUACAAACUAUACUAAAGAAUAUAAAAAGGAUUCUAUUUUAAAAUAUGUUAAAAAAAAUGAAAAUAACUAA